CUAUUGUUGAAGUUCCGCUUGGAACAAAGGCCUGAUAAGCAACAUCCAAACAGCCAGGAAAGCCUUGGGAAGUGCUGCAAAACAUGAGAAGAGUAGACGAAAUGCAUUCGGGUUUGGCCCAGCCGCACACAUUCCAAAACAAAGGUCUUUAUCAUAUGAAAUCCAACCUUACUAAGGUGAAAUAAUGGGAGAACUGGAACGAGGGCAUUCCCAAUGCUGAAGUGCUGCGUGCCGCGGUUGUCAAGACUGCCGCCGAUGCACUGUCGCGAUUACUGUGCCUUAUCGUGCAGUUCGUCAUCGACCCGCCCGAAAUUCCCCUUGAGAUCGCCUCCGAUAACCGCGAAUGUUGCCUCUUGAUACCCAAAAUUUGGUUUCAUCUUCCCGUUUGUUUUCUUUCCCUUUUCCUCCUUUUGGUAGAGCACCUUCGUUCCCUUGAACCCCCUUGGGCCCUCGCCAUGAGCUUCAACCCCAUGCUCUGCGCCCGCUCCCUCCGCGCCGUGCGCACAACCAGCAACCCAAUCUCCUCCCUCUCCGCACGAUCAUUAUCACACUCCUCCCGCGUAUGCCUCGCCGCCGAUACCUUUUCCAAGCCCUCCAAGUCCGAACCCGAUACCAACACCAACCACGACCCAACCCCCUCCGAUCCCAAACCCACCGAACCCCAAAAUGCCACCAAACCCUCUCCCCCCGAAAAUGACCCCUCUCCCUCACCCGCGCCCGACCCCGAACCCGAAUCGGAGAAAGAACAAGGCCCCAUGACCCGCCGCCUAGCCCAAGCAACCGAAGACGCCCUCCUAACCGGCGGCCGCGCCGGCCUCCGCGCCAUCGAAGAAGCCGGCUUCGACGAAGACCUACGCAACCGGCUCCUGGCCAAAGUGGCCUCUGCCAAAUUCGCCUCCGAGCACGCCUCCGCUCUCUCCGAAGCCGGGCUUACCUCUUCAGGCCACAGCCGCAUCCCGGAAUCGGCGGGGCAGGGGACGCGAUCGAUCGCUUCCUCGCAGCACUGGACGGGCACGGAGUCAACGGAGGACGCGGUGUUGAGGAUGUUGAAUGAUAAGCAUAAACAGCUGGGCGUGGGAGCGAGGGGGAAGGCGAAGAUUCCCACGCCUGUGGUGGAUAUGAGGAUCAAGAGAGCGCCGCAGAUGAGUGCGGGGAGGAGGAUGGCGAGCGCGAGGGAGAAGGCGCAGGCGUAUGUGGAUAUGGAGUUGCCGAAGGCAGAUACGGUGGGACUGACGGAGGAGGAGAGGGAGGAGCUGAGGAGGGAGUUUAGGGAACGGUUUACGCCGAUUGCGAGGGCGAUGCCGAAUACGAUUACCGGACUGGCGGCGUUGGCGAAUGAACGGAUUGAGAAUGCGAUUGCGAGGGGACAGUUUAAGAAUAUACCGAGGGGGAAGGGGGUGGAGAGGGAUACGAGGGCUGAUAAUCCUUUUAUUGAUACUACCGAAUACAUAAUGAACAAGAUGAUCAAACGCCAAGAAAUCGUCCCUCCCUGGAUCGAAAAACAACAAGAGCUCAUCAAAACCGCCGAGUCCUUCCGCAAGCGACUACGCAACGACUGGUUACGCCACGCCGCCCGGACGAUAUCCAGUCGGGGCGGCACCCUAGAGGAACAAAUCCGUCGAGCGAACGAGUACGCCCGCGCCGAAGAAAUCCAUAACCCCCGAAGGCGAAACGUCGAACAGAUAUCCGUACCUACAAACUCGACAGAGGACCCAGUGAUGGUCAAAAUACGACAGCAGACGCCGGGCGUCUCUCCAUCUGCUACCUCUGAUGCUCAACCACCAACAACAACAACGGCUGACGAACUACCAAAAACCCAGCAAGAACCCGACAUCUCCUUCACAAAACCCUUCCGCGACCCCUCCUGGGUCGAAGCCGAGCGCUCCUUCCUCGAACUCUCCAUCACCAACCUGAACACCAUCACGCGUUCCUACAACUUGAUGGCGCCCGAGCUAGCCAAGAAGCCGUACUUCAACUUGGAGCGGGAACUGAAUAAUUGUUUCGCGGACGUGGCACCGCUUGUGGCGCAAACGAUAAAGGAGAGGGCGACGAGGCCGGCGGGAGGGAAUAUUGCUGAUAGUAUGGCGUUCAAGAAACCGGAUGGGAUAAUGAGUCGGUUUACGGGGGAUGGAAAGGGGCAGAGAGUUUAUGAGAGGAAGGAGCCGCAGUAUGGGUUUAGGGAGUUUUGGAGGGAUUUGUGGAGGAAGGAUAAGUAGAUUACUGAUUGGGGUGAAUGGGCAAGACAGGUUGGUCAUUCUCGGUCAAAGUCUCUACGGCCACGGUUAGUCUACCCGUUGGGGCGAAUGUCAAGACAGACUGUUGACCAUUCUGAUCAAAACAUGCAUGCAUGCACAUGAGGGACGUCAGUCAGUGUUGGGCAGUCAAGAUG